CAAAAUGGGGUAAAGAUGAUGAUACAAGAAAGAUUUGCAAAUACCCUGCCGUUUUGCGGCGUAAAGGACGGCCACGAUGCUUUAUUAGUUGCAGCUCAUACAUUUAUGAUAGAUGCUGGCUAUAAGUGCACUGGAAUUGGCCAAGAGAUUCCUGAUUCUCCCAGCAGUAUUUCCACAGAAAGUCUUCCUCAAGGCUGGAAUAGUAGUCCUGAGCUUUACGCCAUCCAAUAUAAAUCUCCGAGCUCUUAUCACAAGAUAUUUUUAAUGAAAGUUUUGCGUUUGGAAACUGUGCUUGCUUUCCAUGUUCUGGAUGUUGACCAGGAGAAAAGUGUUGAUUUGAUGGUGGAUAUCUCAGAUUACAUCAUAGGAGAUAAGAAUAACUUGCUGCAACAUCUUUUUGAUUAUAAACAAGUUGUAAAGAAAUUUGAACAGUUUCACCAAGUCUUUAAAAAUGAAAUAACUAGUAAACUCGAGUCUCAGAAAGAAAAGCCAGCCAGAUUAAACACAAACAGAUGUGAUACCUCAAGACAAAUUAUUUACCCAGAUGAUCCACUACGAAUCCCACCAAGACAACCAUUGAUUCAUGAAAGACAACAACCAUCAAUUCUUGAUCCAAGAGGAUAUGGUGAUCGUGAUCUCUUGCCUGGACACCUAGGUGCAGGUGGAAUGCUGAUGGACCCUUUCAAUCAACAACGUGGAAGGCAUUCACAGGGAUAUCCUGGAUUACCAAGAGGAACUGUUCCUCCUGGUGCAAGAUUUGAUCCUUUUGGUCCUGAUGUUGAGAUGGGAGGUGAUCAUCGACAAAGAAGAUUUAGAGAACCUGGUCCAGAUCACCUAAAUCCUCCUGGUUUUGAAGAUGACAUGUUUAUGUGAAUUGGAACAAGACAAAUGCAUGAUAUUACUGGAUAUAAUUUAGCUUUCUAUUACAGUUCAACCAUAUGAAUAAUUCUAUAGUCUGAAUAAAACUGAGAUUGCUAAUACAAGUUGUGUUACCUACAUACCUAUAUGUUAUAACAAUACUUGUAGAUGUUAAUUUAACACUCAAUAUUUGACUUAAGUUACCUAUGUUCAAUUACAAUGUGUAUUAGCUUAUUUGAAAAAAUAAUUCAUUAUAAAAUAGUAAUCUUUACUAGA